AUGACCAAGCUGAUGGAUGUAAAAAGUGCUUUUUCUAAAUGGAUUCUUGAUGAAGAAUUUUUUGUAAAACAACCACCUGGUUUUGAGAACCCUACACACCCUUAUCAUUUGUUCAAAUUAUCUAAGGCCUUAUAUGGUCUUAAACAAAUCUAUGCCGAUGAUAUUAUUUUUGGAAGUUCUAACCCAUCUUUGUGCAAGAAAUUUUCUGAUCUUAUGCAAAGAGAAUAUGAAAUGAGUAUGAUGGGCGAAUUAACAUUCUUCUUGGGACUACAAGUAUAUCAAACCGACAAAGGAAUUUUUAUUAGUCAAAACAAGUACACUAAAGAACUCAUCCACAAGUUUGAAAUGGAUAAUGUUAAACUUAUGGGAACUCCAAUGAGUCCUACUUGCUCAAUUGACAAGGAUGAUGAAGCCUCUCCUAAAGAAUCUUAUCUUAGUGCCGUUCAACGAAUUAUUAGAUAUUUGCUGGGUACUAUCACACAUGGUUUAUGGUAUCCUAAAACUGACUCCUUCAAAUUAGAAGGCUUUUCCGAUGCUGAUUUUGCAGGUGACAAGGAUGAUCGUAAAAGCACUAGUGGCACUUGUCAACUACUUGGCAACUCCUUAAUUUCUUGGAAUAGCAAGAAACAAGGAAGUGUUUCCCUUUCCACUACUAAAGAUGAAUACACUGCUAUUGAAAAAUGGUAUGUUUGCAUAAAUGAUGUGUGGGUUCUUAAAAAGGAUAAAGAUCCUAAAGUUCUUUGUCCUCCAGUCCCUGAUCAGUUCAAGCCUUCCACCUCUUCGAACCCUCCUUCAGUUGACUAUUCUAGCGAGUUUCAAUUGGAACACGUACGUGACAUCACUAAAGAAGCUGGUGCAGAUGUAGCUCGCCUGCGUCUCAAGAUAGAUCAAGGUUUAAAGGAGAAGUUGGCUACCAAUCUGCAGGCAAGUGACAAUGCUCUUCCAACGAAGAUGACCGACACCUUGGACUCCAUGAAAGGGGCAAUGGUUAACACCCUAGCACACUUUCUUCAUCCAUUUUCCCAACAGCAACAGGAGCAGGAGCAGGCAUAG